AGUUGAUUAAACAUACUAGGAUUAUAGGCUUUUCCAUAAAUAUAAAUAAAUGCUGAACUUAAGUGUUUUAAUGUUAUGUUGAAUUUGAAUUUCUGGCUAUAAGUUCGCUUCUUUAAAGGAAUGAAUACAUACUAGAAACUGACAGUAACGAUUAGCAGAAAAUUCGACAAAAUUAUCUGAAAAAUAUACUAACCAAAUCAAUGGCUGAACAUAUAGUUAAACGGGUCUUAUCGACAGCAACCAACAUUGCAUCGAAAUCUCCAAAGAGACUUUUAACAACCGAUCAUGCAGCGACUACCGCUAAAACAACAUCCACUAUAUCAAUGGACGAUAUUCCAAUGACCAAGACAAUGGUAGAUCUACCUGGACCUAACGGGUACCCACUCGUUGGCACCGCACCGGAAUAUUUCAAAGGAGAAAAUAAAGGACAAAUGCACAAAGUUCAGCGACGAUUUCAUGAGAUGUAUGGGCCUAUUUUCAAAGAAAAAUUAGGACCAGUAACUAACAUUUCUAUAGCUGACCCCAAUCUUGUCGAGGAGGUUGUCCGGAGCGAAGGAAAGUUUCCAAACAGACCACCUUAUCCCUCUUGGACAAUAUACAAGAAAAUGAGGACACAAGCCAAUGGCCUCAUGACAGUUUCAAAUCAUGAAGAAUGGUCAACAUGUCGCACCGCCAUUAGUAAACACAUGCUAAAACCAAAGACCGUACUACAAUAUGUCGAUGUAAUGAACGAAGUUGUUACAGAUUUUGUUAACAGACUGAAAUAUGCACGAGACAAUCAUGCAACAAAUAGUGCAGUACCAGAUCUUCAAAACGAAUUAUCUAAGUGGGCAAUUGAAUCUAUUGCUUCAGUAUUGUUAGAAACUAGACUUGGCUGCCUUGAUGAGAACGUAUCUUCAGAGAAUCAAGCUUUCAUUGAUGCUGUCGGUGACAUGUUCAAAACUGGACAUCAAUUAAUGGUGUUUGCAGAACUUCAUAAACGUUUUGGAACAAAGACGUGGAAAACUCACGUGGAUGCAUGGGAUACAAUAUACAGAGUUGCUGGAGAACACAUUGAUAAAAAGUUGGCAGAUAUAACAGAAAAGUAUGAGAGAUUACAGAGUGGUUCCGAAGAUGAUAAUAAAGCCUCGUUCUUGGAACACUUACUCGGAAAUGAAAAUCUGCCUUUAGAUGCUGUGUAUGCCAAUACAACCGAACUGAUGUUAGCUGGUUUAGACACGUCGGCAAACGCCAUGGGUAUGGUUACGUAUCUGUUAUCAAGAAAUCCUAGAGUGCAAGAAAAGCUUAUUAAAGAAGUUGAUUCGGUUCUUCAGAAUAGAAUAUGUACUGCUGAAGAGUUAUCGAACAUGACAUAUGCAAGAGCAGUUGUUAAGGAAACUCUCAGAUUGUUUCCUGUUAUACCUAUCAAUGCCCGCGUCAUGACAGAAGACACAACCAUCGGUGGCUACCUCAUACCGAAAGGGACUUGUAUCCUAUUAAAUACGUUUACCAUGUCACGUGAUGGAACUCAAUUUGUAAAUCCUGACGAUUUUAUCCCAGAGAGGUGGGAAAGAGAUAGUAACAAAUGGAAUCCUUUCAGUAACUUGCCUUUUGGAUUCGGUGCUAGAAGUUGUGCUGGGCGUAGAAUGGCACAACAAGAACUGUAUUUAGCCAUUAUUCGGCUGGCUCAAAACUUCUGGCUCGCACCUUCUAAAGACUUUGAUGCCGAGCCAACCUUAAGGACGGUACUAACAUUUGAAAAAGAUAUACCAGUUGAAUUUCAAGACCGAUAAUUAUAGCAGUAUAUGAGGUCUAAGUUUUCGGGCAACUUGCAAUGAUUCAGAAGAUCAAAAGACAACGAAACAAAAUGUUUCGUGUGGUGAAACGGGUAUACAAACUUGAACUUUUCGUUUUAAUGUGGUAUGUCCAUUUAUUGUUUAUUGAACAGAUAUGUUAUUUAUCAUCUGUUGAAAUCCCUCGGAACAUACCUCAAGCAAAGUCGUAUAGAUUAUAGUGAAAUCUCGUUCAAAAGCGAGGUACGUCUGAUACGUCUCGUUUUGUGAGCGAGAUUUGGAGAGCAUUUACUCUUUAAUGAUUGUGUUCAAACAGCUGAGGUUUUCUUUCAAUGUGACUGUCCUCUAACGACAAUGUGAUGUCAUUGAAUAACGGGUAUUUUUUUCAUUAUUUAAAAAACAUUAUAUCAUAUAUCGCCAUUUAUCAAUGCAAUCUUGAACAAAGAAUCUGUGCCUUAAAUGUUUUAUUAUUGAAAAAAAAAUAUAAAUAUUAUAACGACUCAUAACUGGACUUCUCAGUUAUACAGAUUUAUUAUAGGAAAGUGAAACGACUGAAUGUGUUUGGGAAGUGACCAUAAAGAACAAAUGUUUCUGAGUCGAACAAUCAAUUCGGAGAAUUUAAAACUACACUUAAAAUAAAAGUAUUUUGUAUAAUUUUGCACGAUUUUGGGUAUAACAAACCUUAUUUCUUUUAAAUAUGGUUCCCGCUAUUUUUUUUAUUAAUGACUUUUGGUGCAGUUAAAGGUUUCACAUAAAUGUUUGUUUUCAUCCUUUUCAGUUUUUGUUUACGGACAUUCACAUACCUGCACUGUAUUACUAGUUUAACAAGAACAAGAUUAAUGUGUCAUUUAUUGGUCACUUUCCAAACAUAUGCAGUCUAUUUCAAUUAAGUAUAUACUAUCAUGUACGCGUAUCAACGAUGUCAACAGAGCGUAAACCUCGUUCUGAAGACUAUAUUUUAAAUGACCGUAUUUAGAUUUCAGGUAAAAGUAUUGUAUUUCUCUUCAGGUAUUUUGUUAUAUUGUAAAUUUAUGUGAGGAAUGACUUUCAAUUUUUCAAACAAUACAAAUGUUAAAUUUGCACUCUGAUGUUUCUUUCUUCUAAGUGUAUUAUAAAACGACAAAAGUAUGCUUUUUUUAAUUGUUUACUCGUGAAGAAAAAUUUCUAAAUUUGUUAUAGGCAUAUAGAAUUGGUUUCGAUAUUAUUCGACUCUCAAUUUUCAUUAUUAUGUGUUGUUGAUUUUUUUCUCUCUUAUGUAGUUGAAAAAUGAUAUCGUUAUUUGUUUAUUUAUUGUUAUUUUGAAUAAAUUAUUUAAAACUCAUUAUUUAAACAUGAAUAUGUUUAUAUGUGAUGCCAUUUUCAUUGAAGCAUAAUUAUGGAUUCAUAUAUAACACGUGACUACAGGUAUAGAGGAAAUGUUAUACAGUUGUAUGUUGUUAAAUAAAUAUUUUAACUUA